AUGAUACUGCCAAAUGUUCUAGCAACAUUGCUACAGCUACAAAACCGAAAUGACAUGGGAAAACUUGGCUCUUUGGUUCCAGUUCUUGGUUUUAUUUUGGGAACCAUUCUCUACCUCCAUAAACCCCAGCAGUACAACUUCCUACAAACCAUUAUUUCCAUUGAAAUGUACAGGUCGGGUUGCAGUCAAAAGCUUUUCCGAUGGUUCCAAAAGUUAGGUUGGAGCAAAGGAGUGAAAGGAACACGAAUAGCAGCUGAUAAAAUAUGCAGCGAAUUCGAUCAGAAAAUUGUGUCAUGGAAGAAUGAAAUACAGGUGGAGCUUGGAAUGCCUGAACCUCCUCAGCAACCAUUGAACGUGGACUUUGAAAGUUCAGAUACAGAUAGCUCACAUAACUCCCUAGCUUCCUCUGGUUCUGAGAUUACAAACCAAGAUUCCUCUGAUGUAGACUUCAGUAGUGAAGAUGAAAGUGAUAUAGUACCCCUACCAUUUGAUGAUUCCCUCCUUGAUGAACCUGAGGCGGAUGAACAAAAUCCAGGGUAUUCUGUUUGCUGGGACAAUGUUCAGAAGCUGAGUAUGACUCGCCACCACCUCCGGCAGGAAAAUAAGAUGAUGUUGUGGGCCUUGUGCUUCGCUGCUAAAAACCGUAUAUCCUUUCGUGACUUAGAUACAGUAGAUAAUACAUUCUCUGUAACAGAUAUAGGACUGCAGAACUACCUACCCUCUGAUACAGACUGGAGAAUACUGAGGAGUAGAAUGGAGCAUCUUGUACAGAAAAUAGUCCAGGUUUACUUUCCCCAGUUCAGUGAAAUGGAUGUUAAAGAUACUCCUCAUCAGUACACACAGCAGUCUCAAAAAAAGUCUGAAAUAGUGAAUCUGGGAGUUCUUCAGGAGAAUCCAUCUACUGCCCGUGGAGUACUGGAGAUUCUCAAGUACUUACACAAGUAUGUGCCAAUUGGACAAGACAGAAAUCCUUACCAAAUUCUUUGCCAUGGUGAUCAGCUGAGUGUGGAAAGGAUGGUUGAGGCAAAAUUAUCUAUGGCCUUCAGUGAGGAUGCAGAAGAUCAACUCACUGGUCUUGUCCCGCGUCCUCAGGGGUUUCACAAAAGGUGCAUCAUCCUGCAGGAUUCCAUGAACAUGCUCUUCAGUGGCAGCACUGUGGGUGACAAGGGUUCGUUAUGCCAUAUAAAAAACAAGUUCACCUUUCGAAGUGUUAAGAAAAAAAUAUCUGAUUGUGUAAAUUCAGUAGUGGACUUUUUCAAUUUUGUGACUGAAGGUUGUGUGUGCUUGAUAAUUUGCAAGCUACUAAAUAUCAAGAACAUUGAUGAGUUGUCAAAUCUUGUACCUGAUGAUGACAAAGAGAGGCAGGAUAUGUUUGUAGAUCUGUGCAAGCAGGUGGUUCAGCUAUCUUGGCCCCUGAUAGACACACAGUCAAUCCAGGAAGUAGUAGUCGGUGAAGCAGCAGAGGAUGUCCAGUACCACGACGAUACAAUCAUCUACUGGGACAACACUCAGAUAUUGGAGGAUACGCUGCCAUAUCAUGAGGACUCUGACAAUGACUUUGUUGAUGAACCUGUCGCAGCACACCAGGAAAGUGGAGACUCAGUCUAUCAGUACAGCCGUAGCAUGUUGUGGCGCGGACUUCUCCAUAUGGCCCAGACACAUGCAGAACGCACCAACAAUGGAGACCAUAUCAUUUCAGAUUGGAGAAUGGACAUGGUGCAAUUCUGGAAUCAUAACCACAACAAAUACUUGAUUUUAGGUCAUCGCCUCCUUGGAGGUGUCAGUGGGUGUUUACCUCCCAGAUUAAGAAAUGAAGUCAUCUGGAAUAGCACUGCCAAUCUGACUGGAAAACCUGGACACAAUAUAGCCCUGGAUCUUGUGAAUGAAUUCCUGAAUAAUGAAUUCAAAUCAAACCUGAAGAAUUCUCAUGGGCAAUACACAGAUGCACAGGUGUCAAGAUGCAGCCAUCUAGUAGGGAGUGUUGGCAAGUCUAUUGAAGACAUUUUCCAAUCUGAUAUAAUUCAGGAUUAUAUCCCCAAGGCAACGACAACAGAUGGUUCCUCUAGACCUAAAAUUAAGAAAUUUAUUGAUGAGUACAGUGGAGAGAAUUUGUUUGAAGAUGAUGGUGAAAGACAUCACACAGGAUUUGAAAAUUUUGAGCACAAAGUAGGGGUGAACAAUCCAGAAAAGUUAAAAGCGAGGCUGCAAAAAUAUGGAAAAAGUAUGGAAAAUGAGGAAUACAUAUUCAAAAACAUAUGAUUUUGAGAUCAAACACAGUCAAUAUGCAGGUGGGGUUAAUUAAAUAUAUACAUUGUACGUACAUGUACAAAUCUUAUGUUCUUGAACAAGGACAGCAGCUACGACAAAUGUGACAGCAUUGGCAUCUUGGACAUCCACACUCAUCACAUUUCAGUUGACACUCACUUGCAACAGGUACAGACUGUGCCGAACUGUAUCCAAUGAAGUGAUGGAGGAUAGAUUUCCUAAAACAAGUCACCUCGGAUUUGUCCAGAGAUCUACACAAUUCCUUCAUGUCGUCAGAUGCUUGAAGUAUGGACCCAGGGGUUAAAAAGUAUAGUGCCUUUGCACUACGUCCAUCUCGCCCUGCUCUUCCAACCUCCUGCCAAUAAUCCAUUAUGGAGUCACAGGCUCCCCAGUGGAUCACAGUAUCAAUAUCAGAGAUAUUGAUACCCAUUCCAAAGGCUAUAGUACAUAUGACCAGUCGAAUAACACUACCUGACUUUGAAAUUUCCUGAUGAAUGUAGUCUAAGUCUUUGUUGGCCAUUCCUGCAUGGUACAAAGCAACAUGGCUGUUGUGGUGAAGCUUAAUGUGGUUUAAGUAUGCAUGUUCUCUAAGGUACCCCAAAAUAUCUCUAUACAGCUGACCACCUCGACCCAAGCUCCUGCAUUGAACAUACAUGUGAUGAUUCAUUACAAUUUACAAAGUAGGCAUUGUAUAUGAUUUUGUUUCAUUCAAAAUUUGUGAAGAGUAAAAGUGAGACAGUGAAGAAAUAUAUAGAGGUAGAUGAAAUGGUAAGAAAGAAAAUGAUAGGACAAUAGCUGGAUCCCUGAUCAAAGUCAUAUUUAAUUAUUUACUUUUACUUUCAAAUAUUGAAAUUGUAGUUACAUAAUGUUCAACUUGCAAAAUGACUUAUUAAGUAACACCUUUUUUUGUGAUGACAUUUUUUUCAUAUACUGGGCUGGACUGAUGCAGUGUUAUGAAAAUAAUGCACAUAUUGCUAUGAAUCUAUUACCUGACAUAAAGCAGUGUUUUCC